UAACAGAAAUGUAAACACUGUUGCCGAGCCAGUAAGCUCUAUCAGAGAGAAAGUGAUCUGACUCUUGACAUUAAUUUUAGUGUCGGAAUUGAGGUCGCCGAGAUUUUGAUUCGCCUUGGUGAAAGUGUGCAUUGUCAUUUAACAGCUUUAGUGUGCCACUACAACCAUAGCGAUAAACCAAUCUGCAUGAGUGAAGACACAGCAAUAAUGUGAUCAGGAGCCUGGCCAGGUGACUUCACCACCACCACCGCCACCACCACCAGAAGGGAGGCACUCAUCUGGGCCAGAACUGGGCCAGACAUGGACGACGCGGAGGCCAGGAGGAAGAUGGCACCCUCGGAUGGGGGUGGUGAUGGCCAUGGCAUGAGUACGGCUCCAGGUUCAGGUCCGGGUCCAGGUGCGGGUGCGGGUACGGGCACAGGUCCGGGCGUGUCUCGGUCCCGGGUUCGGCAGCGGUACCACAGCAGUGCGCACUCCCAGGGGCUGCUGGCGGGCCUGCUGGGCCUCAGGCAGGGCGGCAUCCUGUUCGACGUGGUGCUGAUGGUGGAGGGAAAACCCAUCCAGGCACACCGCAUCCUCCUCGCAGCCUCCUGCGACUACUUCAGGGGGAUGUUUGCAGGCGGUCUAAGGGAGAUGCAGCAGUCUGAGAUCACGGUGCAUGGAGUGACCUUCGUGGCCAUGAGUAAGCUACUGGACUUCAUCUACACAGCAGAUCUGGAGCUGGACCUUGACAACGUACAAGAAGUCCUCUCAGCGGCCACACUCCUACAGGUUCAGGAGGUGAUUGGUUUCUGCUGUGAUUUCCUGUUCUCCUGGUUGGACGAUGAUAACCUGCUGGAGGUGGAGAAACUAGCAGAGCUGUACGGCCUUCAGGAACUCAGUGCUAAGGUGCGUGCCUACCUGCUCCAGAACGUGCGCAGCCUCUCUCGCCUGCCGGUGUACCGCCAGCUGCCAGCCGACACCGUCUUCGACGUCCUGAGCAGCGACCUGUUGCAGGUGGACUCAGAGAACGAGGUGUACGAGGCGGCGCUGCACUACCACUUUACACCAGAACAGGUGGAGAAGGACCAGGUGGACCUACAGCACCCCUUGAGGAUGCUGGAGGCGGUGCGCUUCUGCCUGAUGGAGCGCGAGGUCCUCCAGCGUCUGCACGGGCGUCUGCAUGCGUGCCCGCUGCGGGAGAUCGUGUCGGCCGCGCUGCGCUACCACGCCCAGGAGCUAUGGCAACCCGUCACGCAGAGCGCCCUCACACAGCCCCGCUCAACAUUCUACUGUGUACUGGCGUUCGGAGGCAUGUUCUCAUCUGGGGCCCUGGAUGACAACGAGGACCACUUCCAGGUGUAUCACCCGAGCUGGUCGGAGUGGCGUAGUCUUCCGGCGGAGAGGGCGCCCCGCAUGUCCAACAUGGGCAUCGCCGUCCUCAAUAACUUCAUAUACCUGGUGGGCGGAGACAGAAACACCAGCGGCUUCCGAGCAGAGACACGAUGCUGGAGGUAUGACCCGCGCCACAACAGCUGGUGUGCUAUCGCGUCUCUCCAGCAGCAGCAUGCGGACCACUGUGUGUGUGUGCUGGACGGCUUCAUCUACGCCAUCGGGGGACGAGACUACAGCACCGAACUGGACUGCGUAGAGAAAUACGACCCACACCACAACACAUGGGAGUACGUCGCUCCACUCAAACGAGAGGUGUAUGCUCAUGCUGGGGCGGUGGCGGAUGGCAAGAUGUUCAUCGCUUGUGGCCGUCGGGGCUCCACGUACCUGAAGGAGACCUACGCCUACGACCCCACAGCCAAUCAGUGGGCAGCGUGCGCCGAGGGCCCCGUGGAGAGGGCGUGGCACGGCAUGGCGGAGGUCAAAGGUCGAAUCUACGUCAUCGGAGGCAGCAACGACGGCUGCGGAUACAGGAGAGACGUGUUUAAGGUGGCGUGCUACACCCCGCGGUCUGACUCGUGGGCGGUGGUGAGCCCGGUGCCUGCGGGGCAUGGGGAGCCUGGCAUGGCCGUGCUGGACGGCCGGAUCUACAUACUGGGAGGACGCUCACACAACAAGGGCAGCCGCAUGAAAUAUGUACACGUCUACGACCCAGAGGGGGACUGUUGGAGCAUCUCUACCCCACUGGAGGAGCGUGUGUCUGGGCUGUCGGCCUGCGUGGCCCUGCUGCCUCACCACCUGGUCAGCCAGGCGCGCAGCUGGGAGCAGCACGCUAAGGCAUCAUGGGUAGAGGUGGACUGGGACGACACAGACAACUCCAGCGAAGACUGACACACACACACACACACACACACACACACACACACACACACACACACACACACACA